AUGACUCUCAAAGCCCUCGUUUUGCGUGCAUGCACGCUCCUACCGCUCCUAGCAGCGACUGCGACUGCAAAGAAGAACGGGUCAACAUCGAUCGGAAUGGUGAGGUCCUUGUCUGGAAUGUCGUUCAAGGAGGACAUCGAAAUCUACAUCAUCAGCCGCGAAAUCGGCCUCGUGAAGUCCAAAGUCAAUCGGGAAGGACUGAAAGGGGCCGCGGCGUUCUCCCCGCAAAUGCUCGCGACUCACAGCUUUGACAACCCACCGCCUUUGGACGUCCUGCUGAUCCCCGGCGGCAUCCUAGCGGAUGAGGACGACCAAGCUUUGAACGCCUUCAUCGCCGAGCAAUACCCCACGCUGGAGUACCUCCUCAGCGUGUGCACGGGUGCCAGGAACCUUGCCGACGCCGGUGUGCUCGAGGGCAAGAGGGCGACAUCCAACAAGGCCGUGUGGGAGACGGUGGUCACGCACGGAAAGAAUGUCACUUGGGUGCCGACCGCGAGGUGGGUAUCCGAUGGGAACAUCUGGACGAGUUCUGGCGUCGCAGCAGGUAUCGAUAUGAUGUACGCUUUCUUCGAGCAUUACUACAGCGACAACAAGGAGGCGGUGCAGAGCAUGAUCAACGGGGUUGAAUACGCGCCCCACGCUGACUCGCACUGGGAUCCCUUCUCGAUUGUACACAAUUUCCGCGCCCAGAUGCAUGGGAACGUGAACUUUUUGACGGAUGCGGCUGAACGAUUCACGGCGCUAGCCAGGCAAUAUACCGAUGUAUGCCAUGAUCUCGAACGCGAGCGGGUUGCCGCGCGCGCUACCCAACAAAGCACGGAGAAGCUAGAGGCCGAGCUGAAGGAGUUGAAGGAAGCAACGAUGAAAAAUGGUGGAUUCGAAUCCGUCGUUGGGGCAGGCGGUUUUCCGACCUACCAUGUUCCCUCCCCGACAACUACAUCCGCACCGCCCGUGAGUUAUGCCGCCCGCGCAGCACCGUCACACCCAGCGGCGGCCGUGCCGGCAUCCAAGCCCCGGUACCGGCCAACUUUCGGCAGUGUCGACAAAAGCAUAAUCUUAAUCAAUGCUUACGGCCACCGCAUUGAUAUGCCGCUCCCUCCUCGGUCCGGCACAGUCGCCGAGAGCUUUAACCGGAAGACCCACAUAGGGGGAAAGCGCAGGAGAGAAGCUGGUGAUGCGGCACAAGCUCCGGGGGGAGAAGUGCCAUGA